UAGCGGCGAGGAGACUGAAUUUGGGAAACGAGGUCCGCGGAGAAUCGCAAAUAAUUACAUUAUAAACUGAAAGUGCAUCGCGAACGCUUCCAAAAACCUGAAGAGAGAGAAAAGUGGCGUACUUUAUUUCGGGUUACGCUGAGUUAGGCGGCCUUUGUGAUUAAAAUGACCGGUAAUUUGCGUGGAAAGCGGCGGUUCUUGGCUCCUGGCAAAUCUACGAGCAAGUUGUUCCUGGGCGCCUUCUUGCUUCUUUGGGUACUAUGGAUAAUGUUCGGUUACCGGAGCAACCUGGUGAGGCGGGGUGAACGUGAAUACGGUGAAAUUGUUCAUUCCCACGCAAGGACAAUUCCGCCAAAAAUUGGUCCGGCGCGGGAAGUGACCACCCUGGUAUCUGUGAAAACAACUACUGGUACGUCUGUGUCAAAGAAACGCACAAGAUCAUCCAAGUUUCGUGAUAUUUGUUGGAAGCCGCAAUGCAUAGCUAUUGCGGAUAUAAUCAGCGAUGGCUUCGGAAAGUCCCGACCCUGCGAUAAUUUUUUUGACUUCGUCUGCGGACAGCGAGCAGAAAACAACGAAGUGCCACCUUCGAGCAUCAAAGACUCUGCAGCCGAAUCCCUCCUACGAAUUCUGGAGAACCCUAAGGCGAAAGGAAAAAGCAACUCCACUGCUGUGGGGAAAUUUACUGCCGCCUACAUGUCGUGCAUAAAUAAAGGCAACAAAAGCCUGCAGCUCCAAGUGUCAAUACAAAAAAUAUUCCACGAGCUGGGUUUUGACGACUGGUCCUCAUCAAGCAAACAGCCCACUAACGAAAAUAACGACACCAUCGGCAAUAUUUGGGGCAAAAUUGGCUUGCACCCUUUCUUCGACUACAACGUUGAAGUGGAACCCAAGAAGCCAAGCAGCAAACGGACCAUCACAAUUACGAAGAGGACCGAUUUCUUUCUUCUCCAUAGCGCUCCAAGCCUAAUGAAGUCGCAUUCGCCAUCGCAAAAGUCCAAUGGCUCUUCCGGAUCGCUUGCGAGGCCUGAAAAUAUCGCCGCAGAGCAGUACAGUCUCUGUAAAAAACAAGUUGCUGAAAUUAUUAGACUAACCAACGCCAACGUAACGCAGAAAGAAAGCAUGGAAACGGCGGAUGAAAUUCUGACUUUUGAAGGGGCGCUUGCUAAGCUCUCUAAGGACGCAACUGUGAAAAGAAUUGAAAUAAACAUGACCUCAGAGAACGGGACAGCUUCCUCAGCUAACUUUUCAUUGCGAACAAUGCUUGAAAAGGAACUACGCGACAUCAACGCAACCUUAAAGGACAAUAUUCGUGUUAUAUUGGAAUAUCCUGCCUACUAUGCAGGCUUGAUAAAAUUUGUAAGCACUGUUAACAGCACGAAGGCCAUCAAGAAUUACAUUGCAUGGACUUACAUAAGAGCAUUGGCUGGGUUUGAAGGAACUCCCCUGCACGACAUCUAUUUGACCUCUAGUUUCAACACGACAAACCUGACACGUUCAUCUGCGAAGAAUGACGUCAGAACACCUUGCCUUAUGCAGCUGCUGAAGCCAGAAACGAUGCUCAAUGCAGGAGCGAGCCUGUAUAUUAAGUAUAAUUUCGACAAAUAUGACCGGAACGACGUGCAGAAGAUGAUGCAAUUUAUCAAAGAAUCAUUCAAAAUGAUCAUCCUAAAAAACAAGUGGAUGACAGAGUGGACAAAGAACAAAGCCGCCGAGCGACUGGCGAAAAUGGAAACAGUGAUUGGCUAUCCUGACUGGAUGCUGGACGACACUGUUGUGGACGAGCUUUAUAGAUUUAUUCCCCUCUUGAAUGAAAAUACUUCGUUUGCUGAGCACAUAUUUUGGAUACAAGCUAACACUCGGCACCAAGAGAUUCUAAAGUUGAGCGAAGACUAUAAGCAAAAAGAGUUUUCGGCUGUCUCCCUGUUUUCUCAUCCGUACUACAUCGAACGAAGCGACACGCUUGUUCUGCCGGCGGCGGCGAUCGCGCCACGCUACAGGAGACCGCCGGUGCCAAGGGCAUUGAACUUUGGCACUGUUGGAGCACUGGCCUCGAUGCUGAUGGCUAAUGCAAUUGAUCGGUUUGACACAAUCUGGAUUGACGACGGUAAAGGACUCGGCGGAAAAGCAGUCACGAAAGAAUUUUGGGACGAGGAGUCAAAGGAAAUUUUCUGUAAUUAUUCCAGUUGCCUAAAGAAUAAACAAUGCACGGACGUUAAGAAUCAGUUCAAAAGCUACGGCGAGGCACACUUCACGGACUACAUUGGCCUGCGGGCUUCCUAUAUGGCAUUGAAGAAUAGUGUUAACAAUUACACUAGGCCAUACCUCCUUCGUGGGGCAGACUUCAACACAGAAGACAAGAUAUUUUUUCUGGCUUUCGGCAAUCUUUUCUGCCCAUUCAGCAUAACGAAGCCCCCUCUCACCGGAAGAUCUGAUGAAUCGGUAAUGUCUCAACUCAAAGAAACAUACCGGGGAAGACUAAACGGCGCCGUGAAAGGAUACUACGGCUUCCAGGAGGCUUAUAAAUGUAAUGCAACUGCCGACGCGUGCAAACUCUUGCCAGUAAACUCCGGCAGCUCGAAGAAAGGAUAGCUUUAUUUGAUAUACUACAUGUAACUGGAGAAUUCAUUGUGCAUGACACAGCCAUCCCUGUCUCUACCGCAACUUCUAGUAAUACCACAACUACUACACACCAUACGCACGAAGUAGGAAGGACAUAAUUGUAUAUACUAAUUUAAUAAAAUGCUCAGUGCCAGAGCUCACGCCGGCUGUUGCAGCUACAGCUUGUGUUUCUGUAUAACGUAUAAGAAGUAAGAGUAAUUCUCGUCGAGAAGGUUAUCAAAAUUUGAAUGCCCUGAUCUUUUUGGUUGAGAGAGACAGACAGAGAGAAUAAACGUAUCGCUUUUAGACAGACCAAGUAAACGUCUAUAGCUCCGGAGAGGCGUCCGUAUUCCAGGAUGCUAUGAGCACCGACUACGUCCUAGGCCAUAGCGCAUUGACAAUGUUUUGACAAAAGAUCUGGAAGGAAUGGUAAUGAAGAUUUUUGCUGUGUGGAUGAUUAUUUGAUUGUGUUAAAAAAGGAGAAUUUCACACACCACCUGAUCGAUAUUGUGAAAUGCUUCAAAGACAAAGGACAAGGCAUGACUUUUACGUGUGAAGGUCCUGUGGAAGGGGUUAUUCAGUUUCUGGAUCUGUCUCUGAUGUUUAAUGAGGACCACGCUUGCUGGGAGUUUUCCCCCAGGUCCAGGAAGCCCUCGCUCUGCUAUUCCUCCAGUCAUUUAAAAUUGUAAAAUCUGGCAUCGCUGCUAACACCAUUUUUUCUGCCUUAACAAAGUCUUGUGUUCACAAAAUGUCCUCCACCCUUCUAUCUCAAGUUCAACGUCUGGAGCAUGCAGCCUUCCCCCUGAUGCCAUUGUUUGCGCAUCAUUAAAAGUUUUGAAUAAAGUAAAAAAAGUUCAAGCACAACGUCGCAUUGCAAAAUCGGGAAAGGGCAAGAGGCUGGCGGUGAUUCCGUAUAUUCGUGGUAUUUCUCACCGUAAAAAAAAAACUGCCAACAAGUUGAACGUUGAUGUUCACUUUUUCGCCAAAAAUAAGCUCAACAGCUUGUGUGCCAGAAUACAUAAGUUGUCCACGAGUGUGAAUAUGUCGUCUAGGGGAACGUGCGCAGUCAAGCACCGCAUACCGUUUGUCCCUUGCAAAAACAAUCUUGUUUAUUCUAUUCCGUUUUUAUGCGGUAAGGUUUAUGUGGGGCAAACGGGGUGCUGCCUCAACAUUCGCCUGCAUGAGCACCAUAGCUCUUUAAAGAGUGCGCCGUUCUUCCAUUUGUCUGCCCACUGUGCCGCAUGUGGUUGCACCCCAGAAUUCUGCUGCACGACCAGCAUUUUUAGACACACGGAUUCUCGCAUAAGAGAGAUAGCUGAAGUCUUCGCUAUCUGCAAAAACGGUGACACGUGUGUCAGCGCACCGUCGAUUUCGUUACGUGAUCGCGAGUUGACGUACUUGGAAAAGACAUAAUGAUGCCACAAGUGUAGUCCUUUGUCAUGUGCAUAGGUUCCGUGCGCAUUUUCUUUGUUCCGUCUUCUUAUCUCUUUCUAUGUUUCGCUUGAAUAAAGCAUUCAGUUGUCAGUUGAGCGCUUGUGUUG